ACAUAACCUCACACGGCUACAGAAAAAAAAAGGUCUCGAAUCCAUAAUCUCCCUUCUACUUUACUCUCUCUCUAGAAACCCCAAUUUUCUCUCUCUUCUUCUAGCGUAAAUCAGCUCUUCUAUGGCGAACAGCAAUCUUCCUCGAAGAAUUAUCAAGGAAACUCAGCGGUUACUGAGUGAACCAGCUCCGGGAAUAAGUGCAUCGCCGUCGGAAGAUAAUAUGCGGUAUUUUAAUGUCAUGAUCCUUGGUCCAACACAGUCUCCUUAUGAAGGAGGAGUUUUCAAGCUGGAGUUAUUUUUGCCAGAAGAAUAUCCUAUGGCUGCUCCCAAGGUCCGGUUUCUUACAAAAAUUUACCACCCGAAUAUUGACAAGCUUGGUAGGAUUUGUCUUGAUAUCCUUAAAGACAAAUGGAGCCCUGCUCUUCAGAUUCGCACUGUACUCUUGAGCAUUCAAGCUCUUUUAAGUGCUCCAAACCCAGACGAUCCACUCUCUGAGAACAUAGCAAAGCACUGGAAAUCUAAUGAAGCUGAAGCUGUUGAAACAGCAAAAGAGUGGACCCGUUUGUAUGCCAGUGGCGCCUAACGGCGAUUCGGUCACCGUGUUGUUUGGAGAAAAUAACGAUGUAUUUGGUUAGGUCUAAAACUUGAAUGGUUCCGCCUGCUGCAAUGUUGUUCACUUCUUUAUUUCAGAUAAGACACUAAUUUUUAUAUGUGAAACAUUCAUCUGGUAACUAUGUGAAAAAGUACUUCUGGACACGGUUGUUAUAACCUUGAGACUUGGGUCGGGUGAUGUGAUUCCUGUCGCUACAACCGCCGGGUUGUGUUUUGGGUUGAUGUCACGAAAUGACAUUAAAUGUAACAAUAAGAGUUCGUCAAAAAAUUAUAAUAGUGACAUGUUCUCACGCCG